AUGUGGAUUCUUCCUCUCGUUGGGUAUCUUGGCUCCAUUGUGGGCUUCUGUUUCCUGACACUGGCCAUAGCAUCGGGUCUGUACUACCUCUCCGAACUCGUCGAAGAGCACACAGUCAUCGCGAAACGACUUUUGACGCGUCUCAUCUACGGCAUCGUCGGCCUGCAGCUGAUUCUCUGCAUUUUCGAUGGAUUCCCGAUUACGUUGACCCUGAUGGGUGUUGUGUCCCACAUUGUCUAUCUAGGCAACAUGCGCCGGUUCCCAUUCGUCAGGCUCACAGAUCCUCUGUUCGUUGCUUCUUGCAUACUCGUGCUUGUCAACCAUUACUUCUGGUUCCGUUACUUUUCUGCGGCUCAGUCGCGCUCUUACUCGCGCAUGUCCAACUUUUACGAUCAACCGAAUGUUCCUACAUUCACCGAGAUCGCUUCCUUCUUUGGCCUUUGCGUCUGGUUGAUUCCAUUUGCCCUGUUCGUCAGCCUCUCUGCGAGCGACAACGUCCUGCCUACCAUCGGGACCGAACAGCCCGCGCAUGACGCCGAUGGCAAGAACAAGCGCCAGAGCAUUGUCAAGGUGGGAGUGGAUCACAUUCUGUCCGGAAUAGGGGAAGUAAGUCGGCUCGCCGGGUGGAAGAAACCCGAGGAUCGCUUUUGA